AGGAAUAUAAUUUUCAUUCGUUGUUGAACCGUAUUCGGGUGAAGUGUGUUGCUAAAAUUUACUCUCGCAACUUUAAACGCAUAUAUAUACAUAUGUAUAAGUGUGUAUAACAUAUCUGUGAGUGCGUGUGUCUUUCAUAUACUAUUUUACAAAUCUCCAAUUAUAGCAAUUGUGGUAAAAUUAGUAUAACUACAGUAACAGUUAGAACCACCAAGUGUUUAGUAGCGAUUAUAACUAGUAAUAGCGGCAAACAUUGUAGGCACAGCAACAACAACGACAUAAAAACGCAAUUAAAUGCAGUGAAAUUUCCAAUUUUAUUGUGAGAUUUUUUCGCAGCAAGUGGAAAGUGUGAAAAAUUUAACUAUUGCCAGAGUACGAGCAAAGAAAAGAAAAAGAAAAAAUAUAAAUAAUUAGAUUUUAAAACGAUUUUUGUGCAUGUUUUAUCAACGUUAUUAUACGGAAAGUGAGAAAAUCGUGUGUAAAGCAAUAAACGAAAUGGCACCCCGCCAAGUUCCUCCAAUACUGUGUUACAGUAAUAAAAGCUCUAGGACACGUCCAGAGCGUCCGACUGGCGGUGUGCGUAGAAACCUCUUCGGUUCACCCGAUCAAAAUGAAAUGGCGCGUAAUUUUGACAUUGAAAAAGCCCGUCAACUAAAACGUUUGAAUAAUUAUAAAAUCAUUGAAACAAUUGAGCCAAGUAGUAAUGAACGACCGCUACCUGAACUUAUUGCCAAGGAAGUGGAGGAGGCGUGUAAAAAAGAAAAUAAAAAGGAAAUUGAAAAUGAAAAUGAUAAGCCUGAACAAAAAAAGAGUAGUAACGAUGACGAUGAUGAUGCGUUGACCAUGCGACAGAGGCAGAUUGAGAAAACACCAACGCUCCACACCGUACGUGCCAACACCAAAACGGCCAACGAAGCGGCACGUUACAAACCCUACACUACGCAAACGCUAAUAACUGAUGGGAUGCCGAAGCGAAAAGCCAUACCACCGCCUUAGAUGCUGAUAAAUAAAGUUUUUGAUGGAUGUGAUAAUGCGGGUUAUGUACUAAGCGUUUGCUGCUGCAGCUGACGGGGAGAGCACAUUGAUUUGACUACUGUGAAAAUUUAAACAAAAAUCAAAACACAAAAUGAUAAUUACACACCAGGCGGAGACAUUGUUGUGAGCUGCGUGCAGCUUCUGACGUCAAUUGCCAAAUUAGUGAAAUUCAUUAUGAGUGAUUUUUUUAAUUUAAUUAUUAUUUUUAUAAUUAUUUUUUUAAAUAUUAAUUAUUAUUAAGUUUUUAAUUAUUAAUUUUUUAAAUUUUUUUUAAUCGUUUUUUUUUUUAUUAAAGCAUAUUUUUAAUUUUUUUUUAAUAUUUUAAAUUAUUUAACAUUUUUUUUUUAAAUUUAUCAAACCUAAAAAAAAAAUUAUAAAAAAAAACAAAAAAAUAUUUUUGAAAUUUUUUUAAUGUUUUAAAUUAUUUAAGAAUCAAAAAAAAAGUAAUUUUGAAAUAAUUUAAAAAAUUAAAAAAAUUUAAAAAUUAUUUCAGUUUGGUUUUUUUUUAUUAAAGUUUAUUUUUAAAUUUUUUUGAUUUACUUCAAAUAUUUUAAAAUAAUUCAAAAAUUGAAAUAAUUUAAAUAAUUAAAAGAAAAAUUCUAUAAUUUUUUAUUAUUUUUUUAAUUAUAUUUUUUUGUAUGAAAGAUCUACUCUCGUUGCUGCCAAAAAAAGUCAAAGUGGCUUGGCGUGUUAAGUUUAAAAAAUAUAUGCAUACUUACAUACAUAUGUAUAUGAAGCAGCGAAAUUGUGUGUAGAGUGGCUGGCCAGUGCAAUUUAACCUUUUUUGUUUUAUUUUAUUUUAUUUGAUGAAAAUUAAGUUUUCACUUCUCCCCCAUAUCAUCAUGUCAAUCGUUCAAUUUGUUGGCCUGUGUUAUUAACCAAAACAUUCACACAAAACAAAAAAAAGAAAAACAAAAACAAAAAACUUUGGAAUGAUCUCAAUUUAGCAAUGUUGUAGUGUGUGUAUAGGAGUAUUAUUUUUCCUCUUUAUAAAAAAAUAAAUAUAUAUAAAAUUACCAAAAAACAUAACACACAUUACAUAAUAUAAAAACUAAUUAUUUUAAUUGAAUGUACAUCGAAUUUGUAUUUUUAAUGUGAGUUGAAAAUGAUUACAAAAUUUUUAAACAAAUUAAAUUAAUUAUUUUAAUUUACGCACAUUUCAACAAUUCAUAGAACUACAAAAACAAGCAAAAUUACAACACAAGCAAAAAUUAACAACAAAAAAAUUUACUAAAAAGUAUAAAAAUAAAAUAAAUGUGUAAAAAUAUUCAACAAACAAUUUUGUAAGCAAAUUAAAAAAAAAAAAUAUGUAAUAAAAACUGCACCGUUAAGAGUUAUGGUUGGAUGCAUGCAAAAGUUGAUUUUAAGAAAUUUCGAAAAAAAGCAUUUAAAGUGCUAAAAGACUAAAAUCAUGCUUUGAAGAAAAAAUCUAAAAUUUUAUGCAAAAUAAAGAAUAAUUUGAAAAAGUUUAAAUUUUUAUAAUUAGUAAAAUAUUAAAAUUUUUAUAAUUAGAAAAAAUUUAAAUUUGUGCUUGUUAUAUGACCAUAAACUCUCGCCGGCGCAGUGGCAUUUGUUGGUGUUGUAUUGAAUGCACUGAAGCAUAUGCGCAAGGGCAAUAGUCGAAAGUAGCAAGUUUUAACUUUUAAAUACAAAAGUAAAGAACAACAACAGUAACAAUAACAAUAACAAUCUUUGCAACCUUUUCUAUCAACUUAUUUGAUUAUGUGUAAUUGUAAUUUAUUUGGUUUGCUGUUAGUGCAUUUUAAGCAUUUCGAACUCUUCAAUUCCCUCAUUCAUUUUAUGAUCGAUCAAUUAUAAAUACUAUUUUAGUUCUUUAGUGACAAUUUUUUUUGCUUAAGAUAUACAUAUAUAUAUAUAUAUAUUUAAUUAAAUUUAAUUUUAAAUUGUUUUAUUUAAUUUUUAAAUAAAGUUUUUGCAUAUUUUUGUUUUGUUGAUUUGUACAUAGUAGAUACAACAAACUAUGCUAUGUAGUAGUAUUAGUAUGUAGAAUGUGUGUUUUGUGUAUGCACUUGAGCUGAUCGUUUGUGCUUCAGUGUUUUGUGCAAGUGAAACCCAGUAAACAGCUUACAACUGUAGAUAUUCUUAUGUAUGUAAAUUAUGAAGAAACAAAAAUAAUAUAUAAUUGUAAUUAUUUGAUUAUCAGUGUGAGAAAAAUUGUAAAAAUUACUUAAGCGUAUAAUUGUAAUAAAAAAGUAUAUCAAAAUAGCUUUUGUUAUUGGCAAAUGAACAAUUUAAUAAAAUAUAUAUUUGAAAGAAAAAUUAA